AUCAAAAAUUUGAAGGAUUUUCUUUGCUUAAUUUGUGCUAUAUAUACCUCAUCUAAAUUAUUGAAUAGAGGAACAAAGAAAGAUUUUUGAUUUCUUAUCUACCAACUUAAUUAGUUUUGAACAUUUUAGUGCAGAAAUGGGUUACGUAAAACUUGUUUUUUUAAUGCUAUUUUCCUUGCUCUGUCAACUAGCUUUCUGCUCAUCCUUAUCUCAUUUGUGCCCCAAAGAUCAAGCUCUUGCUCUUCUACAAUUCAAGCACAUGUUUACUAUAGAUCCUAAUUCGUCAUUCCUAUCAUAUUGGAACAAGAACAUAGAUUGCUGCUCCUGGGUUGGAGUUAAUUGUGACGAGAUGACGGGACAAGUGACGGAGCUUAACCUCGGUGACAGCCAACUUCAAGGCAAGUUUCAUGACUCCAACAGUAGCCUCUUUCAACUCUCCAGUCUAAAAAGGCUUGAUUUGUCUAAUAAUAAUUUCUCUGGGUCGCUCAUUCCACCUAAAUUUGGUGAACUUUCUAGUUUGACGCAUCUUGAUUUGUCGAAUUCAGGAUUUUCAGGUCUAAUCCCAGUAGAAAUCUCUCAUCUUUCUAAAUUACAAGUUCUUAGCAUCCAGAGUAGUCUAUUAAGUUUCAGACCUAACAAUUUUGAACUUCUCCUUAAGAACUUAACCCAAUUAAGAGAGGUUGAAUUUUACGAUGUGAACAUCUCUUCCACCAUUCCUCUUAAUUUCUCUUCUUAUUUAACUACUUUGUUCCUUCAGAACACACAGUUAUACGGGGUACUGCCUGAAAGAGUUUUCCACCUUUCCAACUUAAAAUCUCUUGAUUUAUUAGACAAUCCCCAGCUCACUGUUAGGUUUCCCACAACCAAAUGGAAUAGCAGUGCAUCACUCAUGGAGUUAGAUCUCUAUAAUGUGAAUGCUACUGGUAGGAUACCUGAAUCAUUUGGUCAUCUAACUUCACUGCGUACAUUGACAAUAGCUUCUUGUAAUCUCUCAGGCUCUAUUCCUAAACCUCUAUGGAAUCUCACAAACAUAUACCAUUUGGACCUUGGUUAUAACCAUCUUGAAGGAUCAAUUUCCAAUUUCUUUAGAUUUGGAAAGCUUACGGAGUUAUAUCUUGGAAAUAACAACUUUGAUGGCCAACUUGAGUUCUUGUCCUUUAAUGGAUGGGGGCAACUUGAACAACUAGAUUUUUCAUUCAAUUCCCUAACAGGUCCAAUUCCUUCUAAUUUAAGUGGUUUGCAAAACCUUCAAGUUUUCUUCUUGUCAUCAAACCACUUGAAUGGGACUAUACCUUCCUCGGUAUUCUCCCUCCCUUCACUAACUAAUUUAGGCUUGAGUGAUAAUCAUUUAAGUGGAAAAAUUCAGGAGUUCGAGUCCGGAACAUUGUCUGAAGUUGAUUUAAAACAAAAUCAGUUGCAAGGUCCUAUUCCAAAGUCACUCCUAGACCAGAUGUCCCUACAACAUCUUCUCCUUUCGUACAAUAAUCUAAGUGGAAAGAUUGCUUCAACCAUCUGCAAUGUGAACAUGCUACAAGUGCUAGAUUUAGGCAGCAAUAAUUUGGAGGGAGCAAUCCCACAAUGUUUGGGUGAGAUAAGUGGACUUGUGAUUUUGGAUUUAAGCAACAAUAGUCUUAGCGGGACAAUUAAUACAAAUUUUAGCAUUGGAAACCAACUCAAGGUCAUUAAAUUGCAUGGGAAUAAGCUAGAGGGGAAAAUCCCACGAUCUUUGAUCAAUUGCACGUAUUUGGAAGUUCUUGAUUUAGGUAACAAUGAGUUGAAUGAUACAUUUCCAAAAUGGUUAGGAACUCUAUCAAAUUUAAAGAUUUUAAGCUUGAGAUCAACUAUGUUGCAUGGUCCCCUCAAAGUUUCAAAGAACCAAAACUUGUUUGACCGACUUCAAAUUAUAGAUGCCUCAUCCAAUGGAUUUAGUGGGAGCUUACCAGCAAGUCUUUUUGAGAAUUUCCAAGCCAUGAGGAUAAUUGAUCAGAACGUGACAACUCCAGGGUAUUUAGGAGAUAUAGAACUAAUUUAUGAGUCUCAUCUGAGAACCCCAGUGUAUGUAGGAGAUCUUUUUUCUGUUUAUAAGUAUGUGAGUGAACUUACAACAAAGGGACGAGAUCUUGAAUCCGUUCGAGUUUUUCCAAAAAACAUAUUUAUUGAUCUUUCUAACAACAGAUUCGAAGUUCAGAUACCAAGCAUUAUUGGAGAUCUCAUUGGACUUCGUACUUUGAACUUAUCUCAUAAUGUCUUGGAAGGUCAUCUACCAGUGUCAUUGCAAAAUUUGUCUGUACUUGAAUCAUUGGAUCUCUCAUCCAACAAAAUUGGAGGAGGAAUUCCACAACAACUUGCAUCCCUCACAUUUCUUGCAGUCUUAAAUCUUUCUCACAAUCAUCUUGUUGGAUGCAUCCCCAAAGGAAAACAAUUUGAUACGUUUGGGAAUAGUUCAUACCAAGGGAAUGAUGGGUUACGUGGAUUGCCACUCUCAAAAGAUUGUGGCGGUGUGCAAGGGGUACCACAAGCAACAACUCCAUUUGGGCUAGAAGAAGAAGAAGAAGAAGAAGAAGGAGAUUCAGCAAUUAUAAGUUGGAAGGCAGUUCUCAUGGGUUACGGUUGUGGACUUGUUAUCGGACUGUCCAUAAUAUACUUAAUGUUGUCAACUCAAUAUCCAGCAUGGUUUUCGAGGAUGGAUGUAAAAUUGGAACACAUAAUUAUUACAAGAAUGAAAAAGCACAAGAAAAGAUAUUAGUUU